AUGAAGAAUAGUCUUAAAUUGUCUCGUUAUAAUACACGAUACCAUCAUGAUUAUCAAGAUACUUUUUUUAAUGAUGAUGCAGAAAUAAAAUAUUCUUCAAUAUGUGCAGGUUGUAAUGGUCCUAUUUAUGAUCAAUAUUUAUUAAAAGUAGCACCAGAUCUUGAAUGGCAUAUUCAAUGUUUAAAAUGUUCAGAAUGUGGUCAAUAUUUAGAUGAAUCUGCGACAUGUUUUGUUCUUGAUGGAAAACCAUUUUGCAAAUAUGAUUAUAUAAGAUUGUUUGCAUCAAAAUGUACUAAAUGUCAUGAAUCAUUUUCUAAAAAUGAAUUAUUUAUUCGUACAGCAUGUUACCGUCGUUAUCAUCCAGAUUGUUUUCGUUGUGAUCAUUGUGAUCGUUUACUGGCAUCAGGCGAUGAAUAUUAUUUACAUGAACAAAAUCAAAUUUUAUGUCGACAAGAUUUUCAUCAAUUAAAUUUAUCUAAUCAGUCAAUAGGAACAUCAACAGCAGCAACAAAUAAUAAUAGUAUACCACCAUUACGGCCACCUCCAACAUCUUCAUCAUCAUCAACAACAUCAAGUUCAUCAAAUCAACCAUUAGGAUCAAUAAUUUCUUCUACAUCGAAUUUAAAAUCAACGAAUAAUAAUAUACGAAAAGAUAAAACAACACGAAUGCGAACUGUUUUAAAUGAGAAACAAUUAUUAACAUUACGUACAUGUUAUGGAGCAAAUCCUCGACCGGAUGCAAUUAUGAAAGAACAACUUGUUGACAUGACACAACUAUCACCACGUGUAAUACGUGUUUGGUUUCAAAAUAAACGUUGUAAAGAUAAAAAACGAAGUAUUUUAGCUAAACAAACACAAGAACAACAAAAAGUUUUAACAAGUCUUAAUCAUAGUUUACCAUUAAUUGCAAGAUCACCCGUACCUAAUGAUAUAAAUAUUGGUUUACAAUCACCAUCAUUAAUUCAAGUUCAAUAUCAUUCAGGUGGACCAUGGAAAACAAUUAAUUCAUAUUCGAAUGGACAUCAUUUACAAGUUCAACAACAAAAUUUUCAUGAUAUAACUGGUUUUGCAUCUGAAGAUGAUAGUACAUGUUUUGAUACAUCACAAUUUAGUGAAGAACGUAGUGACACUAGUUGUGAUGGAAGUGGAGCUAGUCAACUGACACUAUUGUAA